AAUGGCGUCGAUGGCGCUGCAGGAUAGCCGUUGGUAAACGCUUCAGGGACGAGGGCGGACUCACGGGAACGGUUUCCGGGUUUCCCUUCCUGGGCUGGGACAGCGGCGAGAGGCAUAAAAGCUCCUGUUGAUUAACAAUAUUUCAAACUUACUCUGAGUGACUUAUCAGACAUCCAAUAAACAGUAGCGAUGUCUCAGUCUGGAGAAAAAGGGAAGUUCCCAGAUGCAGCAGGUUAUGUAGGGUUUGCCAACCUCCCAAACCAAGUGCACCGAAAGUCAGUGAAAAAAGGGUUUGAAUUUACCCUAAUGGUGGUAGGGGAGUCUGGUUUGGGUAAAUCGACACUUAUAAACAGCCUGUUUCUCACUGAUCUCUACCCUGAACGCUACAUCCCUGGUGCCGCAGAGAAGAUUGAGAGGACGGUGCAGAUUGAGGCAUCAACUGUGGAGAUUGAGGAGAGAGGGGUAAAGCUUCGCCUCACUGUGGUUGACACCCCUGGAUACGGCGAUGCCAUCAACAGCCAGGACUGCUUCAAGACCAUCAUUCAGUACAUUGACAAUCAGUUUGAACGAUACCUCCACGAUGAGAGCGGGCUAAACCGAAGACACAUAGUGGACAACAGGGUGCACUGCUGCUUCUACUUCAUAUCUCCAUUUGGACAUGGUCUGAAGCCUCUGGAUGUGGAGUUCAUGAAGGCCAUCCACAGCAAAGUCAACAUAGUCCCAGUCAUUGCCAAGGCUGACACACUGACACUGAGGGAGAGGGAUCGCCUGAAGAGAAGGAUCCUGGAUGAGAUCGCAGAGCACGGCAUCAAAAUUUAUCAGCUACCUGAUGCCGACUCUGAUGAGGACGAGGAGUUCAAGGAGCAGACCAGAGUCCUGAAGGCGAGCAUUCCCUUUGCUGUGAUUGGCUCCAACCAGCUGAUUGAGGUGAAGGGGAAGAAGAUCCGUGGUCGUCUUUACCCCUGGGGAGUUGUUGAAGUGGAGAACCCCGAGCACAACGACUUCCUCAAACUGCGCACCAUGCUUGUGACCCACAUGCAAGACCUCCAGGAGGUAACCCAGGAUCUGCAUUAUGAGAACUUCCGCUCAGAGAGGCUGAAGAGGGCGGGCAGGGCUGUGGAUGAGGAUGAGAUGGAUAAGGACCAGAUACUGCUACAGAAAGAGGCCGAGCUGAGACGCAUGCAGGAGAUGAUCGCUCAGAUGCAGGCACAGAUGAAGAUGAAAUCAGACGAGUAAAAGAGUUGUGGCAGAAAGGAAGCACGGUGAUCCCAAUCCACUCACACACAUAUACAGUAUACAUACACACACACACCUGGUUCUCCUCUGAGUCCAUCCCUGCCUGCCACCACCCUGCAGACCCACCAGGAAUCCAGGAUCACAUCAUCUUCAUCCACACACGUCUUCUCCUCCUCCUUCUUCUUCUUCCCUCCAAACAUCCAUCCAUCAGUUGUUCAGGAGCUCACCACUAAUUUUUUGUUUUUAUUCUUCUUUAACAUCUUGUCAAGACUCCGUUUUGUUUGUAGUAAUUUGCAGAGUGGGACUGGACAAAUUUUUGGAAAAAGUAUGACCACAGAAAUAUUUGAAUACUUGAUGGACAUGUAUCCGUUAUAUCAUCUUUGGUGUUAGUCAUAGUCCACAGAGCUGCCAGUGACAGCGGUACUAAGAGGUUUUGCCAUCACACUAUGAUGUUUACAUAAAUAUAUGCACAAGUUGUGCACUUUGUUCAAGUCCAGGCUUCAGAUAACACCAUUUUGCAUUUAUUUUGCUGCCAGGUUAAGACGGUUCUGAACAUAUUUUAACUUUAAAAGUUAAAAAAAACAAAAAAACAAAACUGUUUGCUUAUCAUGUUUUCUGUCGGCUUAUGAGUACUUCAGAAGCCCAUCACCUUUACCUCUGGAUGGCUUCAGACCUUCAGUGCCUGUUUGCUUCAGUCUGACAAUGCAAUAACUAUAAAUAAAUAUUACCACAGUGAAAGGAAAGUGUGGUUGUGAACUAGGUAAAAUGUCCAUGUCGAGAUCAAGGAAUGCUCCAGUGUCCAGCUUUUCAGGCAAAAUAUUUGCCUUUAAUUGUGUUAAAUUAGAAACCGUACUAUUUUGUAGCCAGAAAUGCAAACUAUUCUAGAAGUUUGUUUGGCUUAUGCAAGUAGUCAAAGUCAGUUAGAGAAACAACCAUUCUCUAUGAUAAUGUUAUGAUUGAAUGAAAGUGCCAUGUUGUUAAUAUUUUUGUAUUUAUCCUCAAGAGCUGCAUGUUCUUAAUGUUGGUGCCAAACUACAAAUACAGACUGAAACCUAAUCAAACUAUUCAGUCCAUUAACUUAAUAUGUGUUUGCUUCAGUGACAUUUAAUCAGUCUGUUUCUACACUACAUGUGCAGUCUGUCAUCAUACUAUACUGCCUCUGGGGCUUCCCAUUAAAAAAAAAUCAAAUGCUAUAAUAUUUAACUGUUGUAUGUGUAAACUCCUUCCAGCCUUCUGUGAGCAGCAGACUAAACAUCCUAACUACUUCAGCAGUGCCAUCGACCUGUGCUGUCACUGAUACGCCAUUGGCAUUAAUUUGUUUCUCCGUCUUUUGCUCUCAUAUGAAUAUUUGUCUGAUGAACUCAGUAAGACAAACAUAAUUAUUAUUUCUUAACCAUAUGUCAGUAAAGACUUAUUUUUAGGUGUCAGCAUUGUUUUUGUAUUUCGCUCUGAAAUAAAAAAAAUGUUUAGAGGAAAAAAAAAUGUUAUAUUUGUUUUACUUUUGAAUGAAGCAUUCUUUAAAGUUUUUAGUGUUUAUCAGAGUUAACAGAGGAGAUACAGAUACAAUCACAGACAUACCUUUGUGUUUUUUCAGCAGCAUCUGAUAGAAAGAGAACAAAUGAAUAAUCCUUGCUGAUGUGUUCCUUUGUUGUCCACCAUGCAGCAUUUAGCUGUAGGACUUAAUUUAGAAACCAGGAAAAUCAUCCAUUUGUUUUUGUUUUUUUUAAUAAGAACUUACAUUUAUAAUAGUGCAUCUGAUUUAUUUGCUUCUGUUCAUAAGAUGUGUUGGUGCAUUUGUUUCUGAACUUCACAUUUAGGGAUAAAUAAAUAAAAUUCUGUGUGUGAACUUGUAA